UCCUAGCGGUUCUAUUCCCCAAUUGCCCUUCUCCAUUCCCCUCCCCUGCCUCCUCUUCCCCCCCUACACUUGCUACCCCGUCUCCCGCCGCUGCAGUUGCGAUUCCAAAUCUGCUCUCCUCUCCCCUACUCCCCGCCGCCGCUUCCUACUCCCCGCCGAGCCGCUGCUGCCGCUAGGGUUUUGCCUCGAUCCCUUCUCCGCCUCGCCCGAGUCACGCACAUCCACCUGCCGCCCGGCGGCAGCGGAGGCGUCGGCGACCCAGGCGUAGCCUGAGCGGGUUCUCCUCGUCGGCGCUCGUCGCUUAGGGAAUAAGAGCGCCUGGUCGCCGCGCUGUGGGGACAGCAGCCAUGUCGCAGACGAACUGGGAGGCGGACAAGAUGCUGGAUGUUUACAUAUACGACUAUUUUAUGAAGAGAAAUUUGCAGGCAACUGCAAAGGCCUUCCAAGCAGAAGGAAAGGUCUCUUCAGAUCCAGUUGCAAUUGAUGCACCUGGUGGCUUUCUUUUCGAGUGGUGGUCGGUUUUUUGGGAUAUAUUCAUAGCAAGAACAAACGAGAAGCAUUCAGAUGUUGCAGCGUCAUAUAUCGAGACUCAGCUCAUGAAAGCCAGAGAGCAACAGCAGCAACAGCCACCUCAACAGAGGCAGCAGCAACCACAACAUAUACAAAUGCAACAGAUGCUGUUACAAAGAGCUGUGCACCAGCAGCAACAGCAACAGCAGCAGCAGCAGCAGCAGCAACAGCAGCAGCAGCAGCAGCAACAGCUACAACAGCAGCAGCAGCAGCAGCAGCAACAACAGCAGCAGCAGCAGCAGCAGCAGCAGCAACAGCAGCGUAGAGAUGGUUCGCAUCUUCUCAAUGGUACUGGGAAUGGAAUUUCUGGAAACAAUCCUUUAAUGCGACAAAACCAAAGUACUGCAAAUGUUAUGGCAACAAAAAUGUAUGAGGAGAGGUUAAAGUUACCUUCCCAGAGAGACUCUUUGGAAGAGGCAUCUAUGAAGCAAAGAUAUGGAGAGAAUGCUGGGCAACUACUUGAUUCAAAUGAAACAUCAUUGUUGAAAGCAGCUGCAAGUGGACAAUCCUCAGGGCAAAUUUUGCAUGGAACUGUUGGUGGCUUGUCAGGCACUCUGCAACAAGUUCAGGCCAGGAGUCCACAACUUCCUGGGCCAGCUCAGAAUAUCAAGACAGAGAUUAACCCCAUUUUGACACCCAGAGCUCCAGGCCCAGAGGGGUCAUUUAUCGGUGUCCAAGGAUCUAAUCAAGCUGGGAACAAUUUGACUCUGAAAGGAUGGCCACUCACGGGACUUGAGCAACUUAGGUCUGGAAUUCUGCAGCAAAAGUCAUUUAUUCAGAAUCAACAGCAAUUGCACCAGCAGAUCCAGAUGCUCACUCCACAGCAGCAGCAGCAGCUUAUGCUGCAGGCUCAUCAGAAUAUGGCUUCCCCAACAUCUAGUGAUGUUGACAGUAGAAGGUUGAGGAUGAUGUUGAACAGCAGAAAUGCUGUUCUUGGGCGGGAUGGGCAGACAAACAGUGUCAGUGAUAUUAUUCCAAAUAUUGGCUCUCCUAGUCAAAGUGGUGGAGAUAUAGAUAUGCUUAUAAAGAAGAAACUUGCUCAUGCACACCACCACCAGCACCACCAGCAACUAUUACAACAGCAAAGCAAUAGCCAACAGCAGCCACAGCAACUUCAGCUUCAGCAACCUGCUGUAUCUAGUCAGCAGUCUCAAAGCUCAAAUCAGCUUCUCCAACAAGAAAAGCCAGGAAUUGGAAGUAUGCCUGUUGAUGGGGCCAUGUCAAACUCUUUUGGGGGAGCUGAACAAACAACGAAGAAGAGAAAGAAGCCAGGCUCAUCCUCUGGCAGAGCUAAUAGUUCAGGAACUGCAAAUACCGCUGGCCCCUCUCCAAGUUCUGCACCCUCAACACCUUCCACUCAUACACCAGGAGAUGCAAUGUCUGUACCUCAGCUGCAGCAGAAUGGUGGUUCAGCUAAACCCAUGGUAAUGUUAGGCUCUGAUGGCACUGGGAGCUUGACAUCUCCAGCAAACCCAUUGGAUGACGUAGACCGUUUCCUGGAAGAUGGCUCAUUGGAUGAAAAUGUUGAAUCUUUUUUAUCACAGGAUGACAUGGAUCCUAGGGACAGCUUAGGACGCUGCAUGGAUGCUAGUAAAGGGUUUGGUUUUGCUGAGGUUGCAAAAGCACGUGCAAGUGCAAGCAAAGUUGUUUGUUGCCACUUCUCAUCUGACGGCAAACUGCUUGCUACUGGUGGUCAGGAUAAAAAGGUUGUUUUGUGGUGUACAGAGCCCCUAAAGCCUAAAUCUUCUCUAGAAGAACACUCGUUUUUUAUUACUGAUGUUAGAUUUAGCCCAAGCAUGUCACGCCUUGCUACAUCAUCCUUCGACAAAACUGUGCGGGUUUGGGAUGCUGACAAUACUGACUAUUCACUUCGUACUUUCACGGGCCAUUCAGCAUCUGUUAUGUCACUUGAUUUUCAUCCGAAUAAAGAAGAUAUGAUUUGCUCCUGUGAUAGUGAUGGGGAAGUGCGCAGCUGGAGCAUAAAUAAUGGUAGCUGUCUGACCUGUGUUAAAGUGUUUAAGGGAGGUGCUACUCAGAUGAGAUUUCAACCUCGCAAAGGAAAAUAUCUGGCAGCUGCCUCGGAGAAGGCUAUCUACAUACUUGACUCGGAAACACAACAUGCUUGUAGAAGCCCUUUACAGGGGCACAAUAAGACUAUUCAGUCAGUUUGUUGGGAUUCUGCGGGUGACUAUCUGGCUUCUGUCAGUGAAGAUUCUGUCAGAAUAUGGUCGUUUACUUCUGGACAUGAUGGUGAAUUUGUACACGAGUUGAACUGCAGCGGGAACAAAUUCCACUCAUGUGUUUUCCACCCAACUUAUCCAUCAUUGCUAGUAAUUGGUUGUUACGAGUCAUUGGAACUUUGGGACAUAAGGGAGAAGAACGCCAUGACCUUUAACAAUGCGCAUAAUGGUUUAAUUGCAGCCCUAGCAGCAUCAAGCGCAACAGGGAAGGUUGCCUCAGUAAGUCAUGAUAGACUUGUCAAGCUCUGGAAAUGAUUUGUUAAUAGCGAUCGUUAUCUGCAUCGGCUUUUACAUUCUGGUGGUUAGAUGAUAUAGAAAGAAGUCGGUUUUCUACCUCAGAUGACCACACGAUGAAAAGGUGUCUAACAAGAUUUCUUGAGCCACUUGGGCUCAGGAACUAACCGUGUUUUUGUUUUGUGGUUAUCUUUGUUGUAUGCUGUUCACUAUGCUGCUGAAGCUUGUAGUUGUAACUCCCUAUAGAAAUGUUGGUUGGCCUGCUCUUCGUCUUGGAGAUGUCUCAUUUGUACUGAACACAAGUUGCAAACUUUUUUCAUCUGUGUCGUGUAUGCGGUUGUAAUACAUUUUGUUAUUUUCCCAUCCGCAUUUUCCUUUUCCUUGUUCA